UAUUCAGUGAGUUGACAGUGCGGGAUUGCGUACGCGUGUUGUAAACCCCUCUCUUCACGACACGGCACAAAACAACGAGGUCGGGUGUUUUAAAGUGUUCGUAUACCAGUGUGCCUGCGACGCUUGUGUGUGUCCUGUUGUUUCGCCCGGUGGUAGUUAUCCAUAAACAAAAACAUUAUUGCGCGUUAUCACAAUAUCACCCGCAGUGUGACACACAGCCCACAAUAUGGCGAGGGGUUCAUCCCUCUCAGCAGCACUUCUAGCACUGUUGUAUACGUGCAUGGUAGCGUCGUUACUAGCACCGGAAGCGUGUGCCAAAAAGCUGCACGGUGCAAGUGGUAUCGAUGCGUUACGUGAACGUUAUCUGCAACACGAACGACAGGCGUGGACACUCGUCAAUCACAUCGAUGCAGUCGACAACCAGCUGGAACAGGACACGUCCCAACAGCGCGCAACGGUCAUGCGCGAGCUGGUCAACAUCUAUUUGCGCUUUGUUGAAACGGAGCUCGAUGCGGAAGAUUUAGGCGAUUACCGGUUGCUGGAACGUCUGUCCGAAUGGCACCUGCUGGAACAGAACCUCAUGACAGUGAACAAACUGUUCGAGGUGGUGUAUUCGUUCCUGCGCGAGAAAGCGCCGCGAUUCGCGGAGCAGGCAGACCGCGGACCGGAGGAUGCCGAACACGGCACGUCCAGCAAUAGUGCCGGGGACGAUCUCCGUCUGCUCACCAUCGAUCUCGCGGAAACGAUACUCUUCGAUAAACAUCAACCGAUCCCGCAGCAACUUGAAGAGAUCUACAACAUUAUGGUGCGGCAGGCAAUUUACUACCGCGCCAGUAUGAUGGCGAGCAGUGUUACAUGUAGCUAUGGAUUGUCAUCCCAGCAGAUGAUCUACCUGCUGUAUAAAUCAAUCGCAAUGACCGAACUGAAGGGUUACAUCAUGAUGCAGUUCUCCUAUAUGCUGCUGAAGACUCAGGGCAAAGGUAACUUUACCACGGAGUCGAAAGAGCGCCGUAACGAGCUACGUACACGACUCGCCCGUACCCAACAACUGCUACAGAGUGUGAUGCGACAGAUAAGCUCAGAGUACUGGCGUUGCGAUCCGGAACGUGGCUCCCACCGGGAGAACACUACCUACGUGCAGUUCACCCGCCUGCUGCAAGGGUACGUCGAGAACGAGGUAGACAUGAACGCGGAAGAAACAUGCCGAGAAAGUUGCGCCUACUAUCAGUACGGUCACGAGCAGCAUCACUGCUAUAAGGAGCUAUAUUGUUCGAAGCAGCAGAAAUGUGCCGGUCGCAUCUACGACUGCGAGUACAUCGACUCGGACAUGUGGAUCUGUCCGGCAGCACUGGGCAGCCAGCGACGCUACGAAUACAUCGAGUUCGAAAAUGGUGAGGUGCGCGGCCGUAAGCAGCACUGCCCGCGUGGCACUAGCAAGGUCGACUCCUGGUGGCGUUGGCUGUUCUGGCACUGCAGCUACUGCUUCUGUCUUUGCGAUGAUGCCGGUCGCCAUUCCGACCGUUACAUCAGCCUGCGCGAAUCCGUGGCGGACAUCAGCAGAAACCGCGUUGUGACAGGGUUGCGCUUUGUAAAGCGUAGACAGAUGAUGCAUUUAAUUGUGCAGCAAGGUAUGCUGCUGCCUGGAGGUGAAAUCGACAACAGCACGCUCGAAUGGGUAGUGGCAAACCCUUUCAGCCAUACGGACAAAGGCGUGCGUGAUGGACAGGAUUAUCAUACGCUUUCGUACGAUCGACGUGCCGUCGAUCUCGAUGACGUGCACGUGCAUCCCGGUUAUGUGCUGACUGGCGUGCGCUUCCGUAUGCUAGGCGCCCAUCUUAACCUAGAAAUUCGCAUGACCGAGAUGAACUUCACAUCCGGCUCAUUGAUCGAUUCAAACAAAAGCAUCUGGAUCGGAAACGAUGAAACAGUCAGAACGGAAAUUCCAUUACGGUACAUGGAUGUGCCAACGCUAGCGCCAGCCAAAUCAAUACCCACCUCUACCAGCGGUCAGUAUCUGCGACUUGGAGCAUCCGGUGGGCGAGCAGAUGCGGCUCAAACGACCAUCCCGUUCCUGGACGCGCAACCGGUAGUCCCUGUGUUACCGAUACCAUUGGCCGGUGCAGGACUGAUGCACAAAAGCAUCCCAAAGUACGGUGGUUUUAUCGCGCCUAGAGUGUUCACCUACGACUUUGGACCGCACAUUCAGGUGCCUACCGAUGACUGGCUUGCCACGGAAGAGGAAGCACGAAACGUUAACGGUUAGUCGAAACUGUCUCGAAAGUGUUUGAUAAAAGUCACAUACUAAUCUCAUCAAAUCUCGGUUUAGUACCGGGCAUACUGCUUUCGACCGGUAAUAGGUACAGAUAGAUACAUCGAUUGACAAUCGAUGUUCGCUAUAUUGAUUGGAUACUUAUCGAGAACCAAAAUUUGCUGUUCUCCGAUUUCUGUUGAAGUAUAUCAUUAUAAAACUGUAUGUAAUCUCUAAUGAAUAAAGGCGAAGCAAAAUACACAACCCCGCAACGCUAUGCAAUGUGACUUUGACCAAUGCAGGAAAAUAAAGUUCCCAAUACUAACAACUCGUUGUACACAAAAAAAACUUCUAACGUAUGAAAAGUUUUCACACGAAGCUUUCGCGGCCUGAUUUUGCAAUAAUAAAAUAAUCAUUUUCCACUUACCUGUACACGUAGUGGAUGCAUCAUUAACUUCGGUAACAGGUCUGCGGACGGUAGCAUAUCGGUCAAUGACAUCCUCAUGGUCUUCACGCCCUGGCAGAUAAAUGCCGCUAGAUAGCGAUGCAG